GCCCCCAGGCCCUGGAGUCUAGCAACCCCCCCACCCCCAGCCUGGUGGCAAUAAAUCCCCCAGGGCUGGAGGCCUGCUGGGCUAUGGGGGGGCGGGGUUAAUAUCCCUUUAAGCGGCUCCUUUGCUUUGCAUUUCUCCCCCCCCUUGUCUUCUCCUCCCUCUGGGUCCUAGGGGCUGACUCAUUCCGCUCCAGCAGGGAGCAGGGACCAGCAGCUCGAGCAGCAGCAAAGAAGAGGCAGAAGCCAGAGAGCAGCCCCCUGUCCCUCCCCCGCAAAGAUGGAGGAGCCCGAAGUGAGCAUCGUGGUGAAGCUGGAGGGUGACUCGGAGGAAGAGGAGGAGAAAGAAGAGGCUGUCAGCUAUGCCAAGUGCGGCCGGCGCUACAAGUGCCUGGCGUGCAGCAAGACCUUCCCCAACGUGCCGCGGGUCCUCCGCCACGCCAAGUGCCACGCUGCGGGGGGCACCGCCACAGCCAAGCACACCUGCCCCAGCUGCGCCAAGGCAUUCCCCGACCGCUCGCAGCUUCACAAGCACCAGCUGAGCCACUCAGCCGAGCGCCCCUUCCAGUGCCCGCAGUGCUCCAAGGCCUACAAGACGGCGCCGGAGCUGCGUAGCCAUGGGCGCAGCCACACGGGCGAGAAGCCCUUCAUCUGCCAGGAGUGCGGCAAGGCCUUCAUGCAGCCAGUGUGCCUGCGAGUCCACAUGGCCCGGCACACCGGCGACCUGCCCUUCCGCUGCUCCCACUGCGCCAAGGGCUACGGCACGCUCUCCAAGCUGAAGAUCCACCAGCGAGCCCACACGGGGGAGAAGCCCUACACCUGCGGCGAGUGUGGCAAAGCCUUCGCCGACCCCUCGGUCUUCCGCAAGCACCGGCGCAUCCACGCCGGCCUGCGCCCCUACCAGUGCGGCGCCUGCCAGAAGACCUACGCCGAGCUGAAGGACCUGAAGAACCACGAGCGCAGCCACACCGGGGAGAAGCCCUUCCUCUGCUCCGACUGCGGCAAAGCCUUCUCUCGCUCCUCCUCGCUCACCUGCCACCAGCGCAUCCACGCGGAGCAGAAACCCUACCGCUGCGGCCAGUGCGGCAAAGGCUUCACCCAGCUCUCGUCCUACCAGAGCCACCAGCGCACCCACUCCGGGGAGAAGCCGUUCCUCUGCCCGCAGUGCGGCCGCAUGUUCUCUGAUCCCUCCAGCUUCCGGCGCCACCAGCGGGCCCACCAGGGCGUCAAGCCAUACCAGUGCGACAAGUGCAGCAAGGCUUUCCGCCAGCCGGCCGACCUGGCCAUGCACCAGCGGAUCCACACCGGCGAGCGCCCCUACAAGUGCCUGCAGUGCGACAAGACCUUCGUGGCCUCCUGGGAUCUCAAGCGGCACCAGCUGGUGCACUCAGGCGAGCGGCCCUUCCAGUGCGGGGAGUGCGGGAAGAGCUUCGCCGAGCGGGCCAGCCUCACCAAGCACCACCGGGUGCACUCGGGCGAGCGGCCCUUCAAGUGCGGUCGCUGCGGCAAGACCUUUGUGGUCUCCUCCAGCCUCCGCAAGCACGAGCGGACCCACGGCGAGCGGCGGGGCGGCGGGGAGGAGGAGGAGGAAGAAGAAGCAGGAGCCGCGGCCCGCCACGUCUGCCGAUUCUGCGGGGCCGCCUUCGGCGAGGCUGCGGGGCUGCGGCGCCACCAGCGGGGGGAGCACCCGGAGGCGGCCCCCGGGGUGCCCACCUGCGCCGAGUGCGGGGAGGCCUUCGCCUCGCCCUACGACCUGCGCAAGCACGAGCGGCUCCACCCCGGCCUGCGUCCCUUCCCCUGCCCCGAGUGCGGCAAGGGCUUCUCCGACCGCGCCGGCCUGCGCAAGCACGAGCGCAUCCACUCCGGGGUGCGGCCCCACGCCUGCCCCCGCUGCGGCAAGGCCUUCCUCGGCGCCUCCGACCUCCGCAAGCACCUGCGCACCCACGGCCCCGCCCCCAGCCCACCCCUCGACGAGGCCGCCCACCCCGCCAAUGGGCCUGGCGGCUGCCUGCCAGAGGAACUGCGCCCGUCCUCCUGAGCCCCUGCCCCCCUUGGGGGGGGGGGCUCUGUGUGCCGCUGGGGCCCCUCCCCGCUCUGGGGGGUGUGGCUUCUUGGUAAACCCCCCCACAGGUGGGAUAGCCCUCUGAUCCCCCUUGGGCUCCUUGCCCUCCUCAGCCAUCAUGGGGGUGUGGGACAAUGCUCCCAGGCACCAGCCCUCUAGAAGAUUAUGGCUAUAUGUCCCGUCCCCCCCCAGGACUCCUCCCUCUCCUGAGUCCCUCCAGGAUAUGGCUCUGAGCCCCUAAGCCCCACUCUCUCAAGGACCAUAGCUGUCUGCUCCCCUAGAGCCCCAUGGGGGCGUGGCUCUGUGCUCCCGGGCUCCUCCCCUUCACUCUAAGGGCGUGGCUAUUGGACACUCCCUCCAGGUGGUGUGACUGUCUCAUCCUCUGGGCCUUUCCCUCGGCUGAUCUCCCAUGGGGGGUUGCUUUUUGUUCCCCAAAGGGGGGGGCCUCUACACAGAGCCUCCUUUUCUUGUCCCUCCGCUCCCUUUACAGCUGGGGUAGAAGGCGGGGGAGAUUAUGAAAGGAGGACAGCACAGUGGCUCAGUGCCCCUCCCUUCCCCAGGGGGCGUGGCUGUGCUGGCCCCUCCCUUCCCCAGGGGGUGUGGCUCUCUGCCCCCAGGCCCCGCCCCCUCAGACAUGGCUGGCUGGUGAUACGCGGUCCGCAUGCGUAUAAGUCUGCGGGAGAGAAGUGGAGCAAUGCGUGAGAGCAAGGGGCUGAUUCGCUUCUGGGUGUGGCGGGGGGGAGCUGGAAGGGUUUGUCGGGCCGGGGGGCUCGAACUGCAGGUAGGGGAACUGCUCGUGGUAGCCGCUGACACAAGCCUCUUUGUAAACUGGCCUCCUGCCGCUGCUGUGAAAAGACAAUGAAAUAAACCCCUCUUUUUGUA